AUGUUUUCUCAGCGUGUUCAGGUGUUGCCGUUUAUUGCGGAGUGUUCAAGGAAAGGAAACACGGUGUCCCAUGUAUGGGAUUGUUUGUCGUCCCGCCACGAUCAUACCGAAUGCUGCAAGCGUCAGGGAGUGCUGCCUCGCUGUUUGCCAUACUGCAAGGCGAACGGAGCUGUACCCACGAAUCUACGCAAGUACGGUAUCUGCGUCGGCCAGUUCCACAAGUACCGCGUGUGCUUCCAAGAAUAUCUGAAGAAUAAUCCAUCCAUAAGAGGAGAUCAGUAA